UCUGAAAUCCGUUUUUUCCUUUCUCCACAGAUGCUGCCAGGACUGCUGAGUAUUUCCAAUAUUUUCCGUUUUUAUUUCAGAUUUCCAGCUGCGUCCGUGCUGCUGGGGACUGUUAAACGUUGCAGAUGUUUAAUUUGAAAAUUUAUCUUGGAGGGAACGGAGUUCAGUUUAAUUAAGUUUUAAUUUAAAUAGCGGAUGAAAUUCUUAAUACGACUGAAAGAAAUUAAGCAAACGAAUCGCAGCUCUUUGGUGCUAAGCCGCUCUUGUCUGGGAGGACCUGUUUGAUGCUCGUUGUGUUUGGAGGAGUGAAUGAGUGAAGGAGCUGAACCAUAUGUUUUUGUGUACAGUGGCUGAGAAGCACAGAAAUAGUCUGUGAAGAUGCCGGAUAAAGAUAAUUUAUUUAACAGUGGUAAUGACGAGGCUGGCCACAGCUCAGAUGAUAUUUGCCGAGACUUCCUGCGCAAUGUCUGCAAACGUGGUAAGCGCUGCAAGUUCUACCACCCUGACAUUAAUGAGGUGUCCGACUUGGGCGUAAAAAAGAAUGAAUUUGUCUUUUGUCAUGACUAUCAAAACAAGGAGUGCACUCGCAUUAACUGCAAAUUUAUUCAUGGGACAAAGGAGGAUGAGGAACAUUACAAAAAGUCAGGAGAGCUUCCCCCACGCCUGCGCCUUACAGUGGCCAUGGGUCUUGGCCUUUCACCUUCUGAUCUGUCUUUUAAAAAAGGUGAGGUCCCAAUCUGCCGGGACUACCUGAAAGGUGACUGCCAAAGAGGAUCUAAAUGUAAAUUCCGGCACUUAAAACGUGAUGAAUAUGAGUAUGAAAACAGAACUUUAGAGAGGUUGUCACGAGACCAAGUUCUUUCUCCUGUAGUGCGUCGAUAUGACCCAUUCGAUGACCUCUAUGACACUGAUCGUUAUACUGAUUACGACCAUGUUCUAAAGAGACGAAGAGUCGAUGGUUUGCGAUUUGAAACUUAUGAUUUUAAUAUGCCGAAUUCACGUCCAGUUGACUAUCGGUUUUUAGAGGAGGAGAAUCUGAUGCUCCGAAAGCGUGUUGAGGAACUCAAAAAGCAGAUCUCAAAUUUGAUGGCAACUAAUGAGGUACUUUUGGAGCAAAAUGCACAUUUUCGCAACCAAACUAAGGUGGUCACGCUGACUUCCACUCCCACAGCGACAGAGCAAACAUUGGCAGCACCAACUGUGGGCGCAAUCACCAAUUACAACCAUGGUAUAGCGCAGACUCAUACCACUUUGAGUAGCCAAGCACUUCAACCACGACCUGUCACCCAGCAAGAUCUAGUGGCAACUGCUGGAGCUUCUGCUGCGCCACCUACCAAUGCUGCACCAACAGCACAGCAUCUUAAUCCUGAGAUUGCUUCUCUGCCUGCAGCGCUUGCCCAGACCAUUGCCCAGGGGAUGGCACCUCCAGUUUCGAUGGCCCCAGUGGCUGUCUCUGUUGCACCAGUGGCAGUAUCAAUUGCACAAGCACUGCCAGGAAUUACCAUUAGCCAUGCCACUACUCCAAUGGUUACUUAUCCAAUUGCAUCACAGAGUAUGAGGAUAACAGCAAUUCCUCACUGAGGACCCUUGAAAUAUUCAAGAACCAUAUUAUCCCUUGCUAGCCAUAGACAGUUUUGGAAUGUAAAGACCAACAGCCCAAAUAUGGAUAUGUAAUGCUCAGUAAAAUAUCCUGACAUGACCAUGAAAACCCCAGACUUUGCUUAGUGAUGUAUGAGAGAAUGAUCAGCCAGAUGAAAGAAUCUCUCUCUCUCAAAAUAUACUAUGUACGUAACAUACACUAAGCCUGUAAUUAUACUGAUGCUUAUUAUUCUUUUGCCUAUGUGGCACUUGACUGUUUUCUUUUAUAAUAACAAAGCAUUUUUGCAAAGGUUUCUGAUGGUUGUAAUCAAGUCUCUGAGCCUAGGUGAAGGUGGUUAACAUCCCAGUAAAAGUCAAUUUAAAACUUUCAGACUAAUUUCUUUUUUAAUGUGUUUUGUUUCAUGAACUUGAGUGGUGCAGUAUGUUGCAGCCAUGGAGAGCUGUGCCACAGAAUGUUGGGACCUGUAAUCCAUCACCUGUCAAGUUAUUUAUCUCAAAGGCAUGCCCAUCAAGAUGGCUGACGGGGGGGCCCUCCACAUCUUUGACCAGUGGCCCAAACAGUCUUCAUCCAUCUCCACCUGGCUGAAUGUUUCCUGUGACUCCACUUAACUUUCUAAGGUGUUGCUAUAAGAACCUGCAUGGGUCCUUGCUAUGCCUGCCUUUUUAUGUUGAGCAUUCUUUGUUCCAGUUGCACUCGGGUUCCCUCUCUGAUCUCUUUUUCCAGUACAUAGAUGACUGUUGGCUGCUUCCUCUUCCUGUCCUAGCUGGAGAAUUUAAUUAAUUUUGCUUCUAACUUCCAUCCACCCCUUACCUUUUUAUGUGGUCAAUCUUUGACCCUUCCCUUCCUGGAUUUCUGUAUCUCCAUCUCUUGAAAUAAGCAGUCUGUCCAUUCAUAUCUAUUACAAGCCCACAGCCAACUUGAUUACACUUCUUCCUACCCAGUUUUUCCACCUGUUUCAUCUGCUCUGAUGAUGCUACCUACUACAUCAGAGCUUCCAAAAUGUCCUCCAUUUUUCUCAGCUGAAGAUUUCCUUCCAUGCUCCUUGAAACCGAAUCCAGCUUAUUCUUGUAUUCCCCUGCCCCGCUGCUCAUUUGGUCAACUUGCUCUGCAAACUGUUAUGGUCUCUCCCUUGUCCUCACCAGUCUUGGCAUUUGAUGGGUCAGCCUCCUCCACCAUCAAACAUAUCUUACCUCUUCCCCUCCACUUACUGAAUUCCAAAGGGACUAUUCAUUCCAUGACACCCUGGUCUACAGCUCUUACCACUGUUAAAAUCCACUCGCAUUUGCAAGAGAUAUAAUACCUACCCUUUCACCUCCUCCCACAUUACUGUCCAUGAUCCCAGGCACCGCUUCUGGUGAGAUAAUGAUUUACGUUAUCUUCUUACAACUUCCUUUGCUGCUCAUGAUGUGGUCGUCUCAACAUUGGGGAAAUAUAAUGCAGUUUGGGUGAUCGCUGGACACCUCCUUUCUCUCCCCAGGUAUGACCCUAUCUGAGCUUCUGACCAUUUGUCACUUGCAUCCUCCAUCUUACUCCCACUGACCUCUUUGGAACAAUGCAAGAGGUCAAGUGCAUUGGAGCUCAGUGCAAGCUCAAAAGACAGCACCUCAUCUUUCUCCUCAGUACUUUACAGCUCUCUGGCCUUAAUACUGACUUUAACAACUUCAGAUCUGAGCCACUGCUCCUGUUUUCUCUCAGGUAGCAUAAUUGGGGUAAAAACAAAAAACUGCAGAUGCUGGAAAUCCAAAACAAAAACAGAAUUACCUGGAAAAACUCAGCAGGUGGCUGGACUAAUGCUUCCAGGAAUGAGUGAGACACAAGCUUGAGGGGGGGAAUCCCUAUCAAUACACAGCUUGUGGGGUGGCCUAUACCCCUGGGGUCUAUCUGCCUUUUCUUUCCACCACGCACCCAGGCCACUGGAAACUUCUCCACCUGCCAGAUUUUUCAUGUUUCCGUUCACCUCUGCUAUUUUGCUGUAAACAUUCACACAUUCCCAGGGUCUUGGAGACAUAUAUUUUGUUUCUGUAAUUUUUCCCUUUUGUUGCCUCAUAUUAUCCUGCACUAUUAUAAUUUCUGUCUGUUAAUCAUUUCCUGGUCUCCACCUAAUUAGUUUAUGGAUAAUUGCUUUACUUGUGUGUUUUUUUUUCUCCUUGACCCAUUUUCCUUGGCCCUGUUCCUCCUCUUAACCUGUUGUUCUGUAAUAUCUUUCAAUCCUGAUGAAGGGUCAAAGACCUGAGACAUUAAUCCUACCUCCAUUUGUCCACAAAUGCUGCCUGACCUGCUGAAUGUUUCUAGCGCUUUCUGUUUUGAUUUCAAGUUCCUGCUCUCAGUUGUGCCACACCCGCGAGGUGCCAAGCUGACACCUCCUCCUGAGGAGGCAAGUCAUCACAUUAACACUGUUUCACAAUCUGAACUGCAUUUGUGUCCUUUCCUAUUUCCAAUACUUGAAAUGCUCAUUUAUUUUCCUACCGUUCCCAAAUCAGUUGAUCUGUGAGGUGGAAGAACCAAAGCACAGACAAUUUUGACAUUCUUACACUUGGCUCAAUAUUUUGAAGAAUAUUAGCAAAAUAGAAACUAGUACUGCAAACACCAUCCUGCUGUAAAUUGAAAGGAUUAUAUAUAUUGUACAUAUUGUUUGCUAUGCUGUGUUUCACAUUUUUUUUAAAAGUGAUUCCCCUUAGAAUAUUCUUCCAAGCUGUAGGUUAAUGUUUCAACUGAUACAGGUCUCCAGGACAAUAGAACUUGCACAGUUCAAGUGUAUACUUUGUUUAAGAUGAGAUAAAAGACUCUGCAUUUGUUUGUAUGGAAUCCUGUCAAAUGUAGAACAAUAAAGAGCAUUUUAAUUUAAGAGUAAA